AUGACUCCGGGUCACAGAGCAGAGGAGGCCCAGGCAGCGCCAGCAAUCAAGGCCCAUGGUUCUCAUUGCCCACUCCUGCUCAUAUUCUUGCCAACAGAAGUCAUCAUGUUUCCUACUCCAAAACGUUGGUGCUACACGCUUGAGGAAGGUUCUCAGUCCCAAAGUGAGGCACAGGGCCUCUUUGGUGCACAGAUUCAUGAGACUAAGGAAGAGGAAGUAACAGAAAUCAUGAAGGUACCUGCCUCUGCUGCUAGCGCACCAUGUCCCCUCCAGUUUCCUCAGAGAGCCUACUUCUCUCCCAUUGUCACUGAAGUCACUCCAUCAAUCAAAUCACAUCAGGAUUCUAACUGCCAGGAAGAGGAGGAGCCAAGCACUUCUCAGGCUCUGCUAGACUUUGGACUCUUGCUUAGAAAUGCCAUAGAGAAUAAGGUGGCUGCUUUGGUGGAGUUCCUGCUCCUCAAGUAUAGAACAAAGGAACCAAUCACAAAAGCAGAAAUGUUAAGUAGUAUCAUAGAGUACAAGGAUUACUUCCCUGUGAUCUUUAACCAAGCAUCUGAGUGCAUGCAGCUGGUCUUUGGUAUUGAUGUGAAAGAAAUGGAUCCUACCAGCCACUCCUAUGUUCUGAUCAACACCUUAGGCCUCACCUGCAAUGGGAUGUUGAAUGAUGAGUGGAGUGUGCCCAAGACUGGCCUCUUGAUAAACAUUCUGGGUGUGAUCUUAAUGGAUGGCAACUGUGCCCCAGAAGAGGAUAUCUGGGAACUGCUGAGUGUUAUGGGGGUGUAUGAUGGGAGGGAGCACUUCAUCUAUGGAGAACCUAGGAAGCUCAUCACCAAAGAUCGGGUUCAUGAACAGUACCUGGUGUACCAGCAGGUGCCCAAAAGUGAUCCUGCAUGCUAUGAAUUCCUGUGGGGUCCUAGAGCCUAUGCUGAAACCAGCAAGAUGAAAGUCCUGGAGAUUUUGACCAAGGUCAAUGAUACCAUAUCCAUGGCCUUUCCUAUCUUGUAUGAAGAGGCUUUGAGAGAAGAGGAAGGGAGAUCCCAAGCCAGAGUUGUUGUCAGUGGCAGUGGGGCAGCAGGAACCAGAGCCUGGGCCUAUUCAAGAACUACAUUUGGCAGUUUCUGUAGCCCUAAGUGA